AUAGACUUAAACCCUCCUUUCACAGCCUGCUGUCCUCCAGAGGUUUUGGACUGGCACCAUCCAGGGUGACCAGUGUUCAGGGAUGAUGGGAGUUGUAGUCUAGCAACACCAGGAGGGGCACCAGGUUUAGGAAGACUGGUUUUAAUUCCUAGACCUUCGAGCUUUUUCAUGCAUCCUGUCUUCCCUUCUUGUUUGGCCUUGAACCAAUGAAACAAGCCAUCUGACUCUGGGUUGAGCAACUCAAGAAGAGGUGCUGUUCCAAAGAACAAAAGUCAGUCAUGUGUCCAUUACUCAAGAAGCUAAGCUUUUGGUGAGUCAGGAAGAUUCCUCACCCCCCUUCAACUCUCACAAAACAAAAGCUUGAUUGUGUUGUGUGGGAAUCUUAUCUUCUGCAUGUUCAGAGAGAUCAAUCAUGUUAAAUUUGUAUUUCCCCAUACUGUAACAACCCAUUGUAACAGAAGUCUACCUCUUUCCUUUUAAUGCUCAGGUGAUGACUCUUCAAAUUCAUUUACAUAAGAGUCAUGUGACACUGUUAGAGUAUAUAAUACGCCCGACUAAACUCCUGGAUCGUAGUUGCUGCUGAUUUGCUUGUGGAGACUUCUCAGCACCUACAAGUUUGACUUGUCACCAUGAUGGCUGGAGGCUUAACAGAUGCCAGUCCUUCUACUCCAGAUGUUCAGCAGCUGGCUGACAAGAUGAAAUCUCAGAUAGAACAGAAGGAAAACAAGGUUUACACUGUUUUCACUGCUGUUGAGUACAAAACACAGGUGGUUGCUGGAACAAACUAUUUCAUUAAGGUCGAUGUUGGCCAGGGUGAACAUUUGCACUUGCGUGUAUUCCAGCCCCUUCCUCACAAGAACGAAACCCCUUCUUUGACCGCUUACCAGACUGGGAAGACGGCGAGUGAUCCACUGAACUACUUUUAAUGAGAAGUAGCCCAUUCUGCUGCCAUCUUGUGUGUUUUUUUAAACAAGUACAGGAUGCAGACUGACAUGUCAAAAUCAGCUACAAAUAAAACAUCUCGUUUGGGAAGUUU